GAGAGAGAGAGAGAGGAGCCCUUAACCAAAACGAGAGGCCAAGGUUUCACUCCCUCUUCUACUUGUAGCCACGCUCCUUAUCCUAUCUGAGACUCUUCUCUGAAUCACUCUCUGUUGCUCGGUGCUUUCUUUCUCCCAGACCGACCCCCCUCCUCUUCCAUCAUCUCCCAUUUCCUUCCCCACCAACAGAGAUGCGGUGAACAAAGCUGCAUCUAGAGGAUCAAUUCGGUGAGCGAGUUAUUUGUGGCCAAGAGUCUAUCUUAUUCUGGUAGAGAGUUGCAAUGGCCCCAAAAGCCAGUCGUUCAAAGACUAAUAAAUCCAAGGGAGAAAAGAAGAAAAAGGAAGAGAAAGUGCUGCCUACUGUAAUUGACAUCGUUGUAUGCACUCCAUAUGGCACACAGAUAACACUCAAGGGUAUCUCAACCGACAAGAUCAUCGAUGUCCGGCGGCUCCUGGCCUCGCAUGUGGAUACUUGUCACCUCACAAACUACUCAUUAUCCCAUGAGGUCAGAGGAGGUAAACUGAAAGAUUGUGUCGAAAUCGUUUCCCUUAAGCCAUGUAUAUUGACCAUGGUUGAAGAGGACUACACCGAGGAGAAGGCGGUGGCGCACGUGCGAAGGUUCCUCGACAUCGUCGCUUGCACGACCGCGUUCGGGAAGAAUGGAGAGAAGGGAUCGGCCGGCAAGAAACAGGGAUCGUCUUCUCCUCUUGCGACGUCGACGAACACCGAGGCCGCGGAGGGACCCGACGGGAAGAACAGCAGAGGCUCCACGCCGAUCCAUCCUCCUUCGAAGCUAGGCCAGUUUUACGAUUUCUUUUCAUUGUCGCACGUUCCUUCCCCGAUCCAAUUUCUGAGGAAAUCUAGCCACCAAUUUGUUGAAGAGAAAGAGGAAGAUGAUCUUUUCCAAAUAGAUGUGAAAUUGAUCAAUGGGAAGGUAGUGGCGGUGGUUGCCUCCUGCAAAGGCUUUCAUACUACUGGGAAGCAAGUUUACUUAUGUCAUACACUUGUUGAUCUACUGCAACAACUUAGCAGUGCAUUUGCUAAUGCCUAUGAAUCUCUCAUGAAAGCCUUUACGGAGCACAAUAAGUUUGGGAAUCUGCCAUUUGGAUUUCGUGCCAAUACGUGGCUUGUGCCACCAAUGGUUGUCGAAUCCUUGAGUGGUUUCCCUGCUCUACCUGUAGAGGAUGCAAACUGGAAUGGUAAUGGUGGUGGACAGGGAAGGAAUGGUGAACAUGAUGAAAGAAAAUGGGCUCAAGAAUUUUCAGUUCUUGCACGAAUGCCAUGCAAAACGGAGGAAGAAAGGCAAAUACGAGAUCGGAAGGCAUUCCUUCUUCAUAGUCUAUUUGUGGACGUCUCAAUCUUCAAAGCUAUUGCUGCUAUUCGCCGUCUAAUGGAUGGAAAUAAACAACCGACCUCAAUUGAAAAUCCUAUGGACUCCGAAGGCCAUGAAGAAAAUGUAGGAGACUUGAAGAUGACAAUAACAAGAGACACACCAGAUGCAAGUAUGAAGUUUGAUGUGAAAAUUGAUGGCAGUCACACACUUGGAUUAUCAGCGGGUGAAGCUGCUGACAGGAACUUGCUCAAAGGAAUCACAGUCGAUGAGAAUGUCACUGUUCAGGACACUGCUACUUUAGGUGCUGUCAUUGUCAGACAUUGUGGUUACACUGCAGUGGUGAAAGUUUCAGAUCACAUGAGCAACGAUGAUGGCCAUGCACCUCAAGAUAUCAAUAUUGAUGACCAGCCAAAUGGAGGGGCCAAUGCUUUAAACAUCAAUAGCCUAAGAGUACUGCUUCCGAAGUCACUUUGCACAGAUUCUCCUGGAGGCAUGCAGCGUCCUCAUUCUGGUGAUUCAGAUGAUCUACAGGAUGCUAUGUCAUUGGUCCUGUCUGUGCUUGGUGACAGCCUGAAGAAGCUGGAAAGUGAAUCAGCAGAGGAAGUCAGGUUUAUCCGAUGGGAACUUGGAUCAUGCUGGUUGCAACAUCUAAAGAACCAGGAGGCAGAAAGUAAUGAUUCAAAUGUUGUUGUUAAAAGUAAAGAAGAACAAGUUGUGAAGGGUCUGGGAAAGCAAUUUGGAUUGCUGAAAAAGAUAAAAAGGAAAGCAGAUCAUGGAAUGACUAAAUCUAAUCAAUUAGAUGGUGUUGUCCACGAUACUUCAGAAAUCAAUUCUAUAGAAAGAACGGAAAAUGGAGAAAGCAAUAAGGAAACGUACCUCCAAAAAAUCCUCCCUGGACCAGCCUUUCUGCGUCUGAAGGAAUCUGGUACAGGACUCCAUGUGAAGUCACUGGCUGAACUACAUGAGAUGGCAAGCAAGUACUAUGAAGACAUUGCCCUACCAAAGUUGGUAGCAGAUUGUGGAUCACUUGAACUCUCUCCUGUUGAUGGGCGAACACUAACUGACUUCAUGCAUGCAAGGGGGUUACAGAUGCAUUCACUUGGACGUGUGGGCGAGCUUUCCGACAAGCUUCCUCACAUACAAUCCCUUUGUAUUCAUGAGAUGGUUACUCGAGCCUUCAAGCACAUUCUGCAAGCAGUUAUUGCUGCAGUUAAGAAUGUGGAUGACUUGGCUGGAGCAAUAGCGGCCUGCCUAAAUAUUUUGCUAGGAGAAGCAACCAAAAAUGAAGAUGGAAAUGAUUUAAAAAUGAAGUGGUUAGACACUUUUCUUUCUAAAAGAUUUGGAUGGAAACUCAAAGACACAGAUUUGCAAGAUAUUAGAAAGAUUGCAGUUCUUCGUGGACUCUGCCACAAGGUUGGUUUAGAGAUGGUUCCUAGAGAUUAUGAGAUGGAUAAAAAGAGACCAUUUGAAAAGUCGGACAUCAUCAGUAUGGUUCCUGUUUACAAACAUGUAGCGUGCUCAUCAGCAGAUGGUCGAACUUUAUUGGAGUCAUCUAAGACUGCACUAGAUAAAGGAAAGCUUGAUGAUGCUGUCAACUGUGGAACAAAGGCACUGUCAAAACUUUUGGCUGUCUGUGGCCCUUAUCAUCGGAUGACUGCUGGAGCAUACAGUCUGUUAGCUGUGGUACUCUAUCAUACAGGAGACUUCAACCAGGCAACUAUUUAUCAGCAAAAGGCCCUAGAUAUAAAUGAGAAGGAGCUUGGACUUGACCACCCUGAUACAAUGAAGAGCUAUGGGGAUCUUUCAGUUUUCUAUUACCGUCUGCAACAUACUGAACUGGCUUUGAAGUAUGUAAAUCGAGCACUGUACCUUCUGCAUCUAACAUGUGGGACAUCACAUCCUAACACUGCCGCAACAUACAUCAAUGUGGCAAUGAUGGAAGAAGGCCUGGGGAAUGUGCAUGUUGCUCUCAGAUAUCUACACGAGGCCCUCAAGUGCAACCAAAGAUUACUCGGAGCUGACCACAUUCAAACUGCUGCAAGCUAUCACGCCAUUGCUAUAGCUCUUUCACUGAUGGAGGCAUAUCCACUUAGUGUCCAACAUGAACAAACAACCUUACAGAUACUCAAAGCUAAACUUGGAAUGGAAGACCUUCGCACUCAGGAUGCUGCUGCCUGGUUAGAAUAUUUUGAAUCUAAGAACAUAGAACAACAAGAAGCUGUGCGCAAUGGUACACCAAAGCCCGACACAACUAUAGCCAGCAAAGGGCACCUCAGUGUAUCAGAUCUCCUUGACUACAUAAACCCAGAUACAGAGACAAAAGGAAGAGACAUGCAGAAAAAACGUCGGGCAAAGAUGCUGCUGAUGAAGACCAAUUCUGAAAUACUAAGAGAUGACAUUCAACAUGAAAUAAGCCCUGCAUCAAAUGAUAGGACAGCAGAAAGCCCAGCAGGCGAAGAUCAUAUAGAAACCACACUAGAAGACAAUCUCAAAACCAAGACAGAAGUGCAUUUAGAAGAAAAGGUUGACACAUCCACACAUGAAUUAAAUCAACCAGCACAUGUUGAUAGAGAUCAAAGCGAACUUCCUGAUGAUGAAGGAUGGCAAGAAGCUGGUUCACGGGGGCGUCUUGGAAAUUCAGGGGGCCGUAGGUUUAGCCAAAGGAAACCAGCCUUGUCUAAGCUCAAUACAAACAGUCCUGAAUCCUCUAACUUCCAGGGCACAAUGUACAAAAGAAAAACUCCGUCACCAGGGCAAAAGUUGUUUGUGCCUCCAAGAACACCUACAUCUGAUGUCAAUACUGUUGGAAAAUUGGUCAAAUCUUCUAAUUUUGUUGAUAAAGAUAAUCCAACUGAACAUGCAAAAAAGUUAGAGAACACCACCGAAUCUCAGCAGCAUUCAGAAUUAAGAGUUAUUGGGAAGUCUUCAUCCCCAACUUCAACAGUCACAACGGUGGCUUCUAAGUUUCUCUCAUACAAAGAAGUAGCUCUUGCAACUCCUGGCACAGUGUUCAGGACUGUAAUGGGAACAUCAGAAGAUGUAGCCACAGGUAGUACCAGCGGACAGGUUCGAAGUGAUGUAAAGGCAGGGAACAAGGAGGAAAACAUCAGUUCAAAAGCAGAGUUGCAGGAAGAAAAAGUUGUAGAUAAAUGUGAAAGAUUGAUUGAAUCAGACUGUCCAGAGUUGGCUCAGGAUGUGAAGAAUGUGACUCCAACUGACACAACACUAUCUCCAAGAGAUGGCAAAAAGAACAAGACAGCAACUGAGGCAAGCAACAGCAAACUCUCAGCAGCAGCUGAACCAUUCAAUCCGGGUGCUCUGCCUUCUAUUCAGCCAUUCUGCACAAUAUCUUCAGCAGGAUUUGAUGAUGGGAGAUCAGAUCAAGGAGUUCUUCCUCAACCUGUAAACAUCCGACACCAGCCGUCUAUUGCAGCCAGAGUCCCAUGUGGCCCACGAUUAUCUGCAUAUUACACAAAUGGACAUGGCUACCGACUAAAAGCUGGAUAUCUUAACCCCGUUAUGGACAGAAUCAGCUUCAGCUCUCCUAGGACAAUGAAUCCCGAUGCAGCUGAAUUUGUGCCUGGAAAAGUCUGGCCGCCAUCUCCAUCAGUAGGUGCAGAAGCCCAUUCACAUGAGCAACCAGAAACGGCAUUUGACAGCAAGGACAAGUAUGAAAAACCUACUAAUUCAUUAGAGGACCAAUUGGAAAAUGAAGCGACCAUGGAAGAAACCAAGAAAAAUAAUGAUAAGAUGCAAAAAUGUGAACUGGCAAGGCAAAUUCUGCUCAGUUUCAUCAUCAAAUCGGUCCAGGACAACCUAGAAUCUGUUAAAUUGCAAGUGGUUGCAGCUCAAUCAGCACAAAACAAUAGAUCUUCCGUUCAGUGUUUAAAUCCCAUUGGAAGAGAUUCUGCAAUAAUCAAAGUUCUUUAUGGAAAUGAAAACAACAAAGAAUUGGACUUCCAGUCUCACCCUUCUUGUCCGGAACAGUCUAUAAAUGCAGAAGAGAAUCAGUGUUUAGAUCCCAUUGGAAGAGAUUCUGCAAUAAUCAAAGUCCUCUAUGGAGAUGAAAACAACCCAAAAAUGGACUUCCAGUCUCACCCUUGUCAGGAACAGUCUAUAAAUGAAGAAGAGAGCAAGAACAGAGAUGUCGAAGGUGAAGGUUUUACAGUUGUUAGUAAAAGGAGAAAGAACAGGCAACAAUUCAGUAGUACAGUUAAUGAUCUAUAUGGUCACCCAUCUAUAUGCACAUCUGCAGGCUAAGGUUUCACGGCAUGAUAAGAGAGGAGAUACAAAAGAAUAACAUGCAUGCUGGUUAGACGAAUAGAGAAAGUAAUGCAAAAAAAUAGUGACUGCAAUUUAUUUCAUUCGUAUUUCUUUCCUUUUCCGCUUCCAUGGUGGUUUCCUUCAUGAACAAAGUGCAGACAUUCUAAAGGUGGACAUAGAACAAAGUUGCAGCAGGAAGACUGAACUUUGAUUCAAGCUUGAAUUUGUCAGAGGGAUCCACAAGCAUAUAAAGUGUGGACCUUCACUGAUGAAGCUGGAUUUUGUUGGUGCUGGCUGUCAUCUUACUCAUAUUCAAGGAACAAUCUGCUUGUUGCAUUGCUAGAAAUCGCGGUUGCCAUAGUUUGGUUUUGCAGCAAAUUGUACAUAUGCUUGAAGUGAUAGAAUUAGUAAUCUGUGCCCUGCAACUUGUGUAUGUUCCAACAUAAUAAAUAUCAUUAGAUUGUAAUACAAGCUCAAAGCUCCCUUUCUAGAAUGUUGCUACUGCUAAGGCAACUUCUAGUGAAUUAAGGAAUGUGUGCUGUGUAUAUGUGUGUGAGAAAGAGAAAGGCAACAAGCAGCCUAAAAAUUUUCUUUA